ACUCCCGUAGCCGGCCAUGGCUCUGCAACCUCCACGUAGACUCGGUGUCUGUUAUUAAAAGCUCCGGCGGACGGCGAAUUCUUGGACAUGAAGAUGAACAUCGAGAUCUUGAGCACCGCCAUCGUCUACCCAUCUUCACCAUCCUUCCAGCCGCUUCCCCUCCCCCUUUCCCACCUCGACACCGACCGCAUCCUCCACCUCCCCUUCCGCACCCUCCGCCUCUACGCCCACGACGCCGCCGACAGCUUCGCCUCCGCCCUCCCCGCCGCUCUCGCUCUUUAUUUUCCACUAGCCCUCCCCCUGCGCCACCGCCCCUCCGACUCCCGACUCCAAGUCGACGAUGCCCCUCUCGCCGGCGUGUCCCUCACCCGCGCCGCCUCCCCUCUCACCCUCUCCGACCUCCGUGCCGCCCAACCGGGCGCACUCCUGCUCGACCAGUUCGCCCCUGAUCCGACCGCCGGCGAGGCUCUCGCCCGUCCGCUCUCCAUCCAGCUGACGGCGCUCGCCUGCGGGGGUCUCGCCGUCGGUAUGUGCGUCCACCACGCCCUCUGCGACGGUGCCGGCGCCACCCAGUUCCUUAGCACCGUCGCGGGGUUGGCCCGGGGAGCGGGACCUCCAACCGUGUCACCGGUGUGGGCCCGGGCGGAACUGCUCGGACCGAGGACCCCGCCCCGGAUGGAGGCUCCUCUGCUUCGCGAAGUCUUGGGGUUUGACGACAACGUGACCAUCGACGGGAUCUACGACAGGGAGGCGAAAACAGGGUCUUUGGUGAGGGAGUGCUUUCCUGUGAGCGAAGAGCACUUGAACCGCUUCAGAAAUCAGCUCGCCGAGGAGGCUUCCAUGAGCUUUACCUCAUUCGAGGCCUUGAGCGCUUACAUAUGGCGUGCCAGAAUCAAAGCAAGUGGAAUUCGUAGUGAUGCAGUGGUAAAGCUUGUGUACUCCAUGAACAUAGUGAAACUCCUCGAUCCUGCGCUUCCUCGAGGCUACUGGGGCAAUGUCUGCGUCCCGGUGUACGUCCACCUCGCUGCCGGCGAACUAAUCGAGCAACCAGUGUGGAAGACGGCAAAACUAAUCAAGGAGAGCAAGAACGGCGUCAGCGACGAGUACGUGAGGUCCUACGUUGACUUUCAGGACCUUCAUUACGCCGACGGGAUCACCGCCGGAGAUCGCGUGAGUGCCUUCACCGAUUGGAGGCACUUAGUCCACCGCGACGCCGACUUCGGCCUGGGCGGGCCGGUGAGCGUGAUGCCGCUCACCUGGAGGUUGCUCGGCAGCUCGGAGCCCUGCUUCUUCUUGCCCGGUGACAUGGGGAACGAAACAGAGAAGAAUGCAUUCAAGGUGGUUGUAUCACUGCCGGAGAAGACGAUGCAGGGAUUGAAACAGAGCAUGAAGGUGUUUGCAAGCUAAUAAUAUUAAAUUUAAUAAUAAAAA